AAUAAUAAUUCCUUGGCAGGAUACGCCCCGAAUGAACUGCCGGUGAAGGCCAAGCGCAGCACCUACAACUACAGCCUCCCCAUCACCUUGAAGAAGCCAGCCAGCCAUUCGGCCGGCAUCCAAGACCUCAAGCGAGGGCUGAGCUCCACCGGACCCUCCGGCGCACGGAAGCCGGCCUCCUGCAAAUACAAGCUGAAAGACUCCGUCUACAUCUUCCGCGAAGGCUCUCUACCUCCCUACCGGCAGAUGUUCUACCAGCUCUGCGACCUGAACGUGGAAUGCCUGCAGGAGAUUGUCCACCGGAACGACGGGGCGGAGGGGGCCGUCUGCUCGGAGCGCGAUGGGUGGUGCCUCCCGCGGACCAGCGACAGCCUGCGCGAUGCCAUGUCGCUCAUGAUCAAGCAGGUCAUCCGCGCCACACGGCCCGGUAAGCCAGGCAUGCCCUUCUUGCACACUCCUGUUGCAGAGAGGGCAUGAGACAGAAGGAGACUGUUGGAUUUCAGCUUGUGAUUAUGUUUCAGGAUCAGGGUGCUUUGGAUGUGGGGAAUGAUGUUAAUGAGGUUCAAGAUGAGUUUCAAGAUGGCAGUGGUUUGGUCAGUGAUAUUGAUGCAGAGAAUGACCGGGAGAUCCCUGUAGUUUCCCAUAAGAAUGUCCCUGAGGGGUGUGGGGAGGCACCUGCAGAAAUUAAUGAGCAAAUAGAUAAUGAGCCAAGAGAUAGACAAGAAGAGUUCAGUCAAAACAGGAGGGCUGUGCAAAGGCUUAGGCCAGGGGUCCUCAAACUUUUUAAACUGGGGGCCAGUUCACUGUCCCUCAGACCGUUGGAGGG